AUGGCCUUCUGGGGAAAGCAUUUCGCUCAGGAGGUCACGUCUGAGAUCAUUAAAGAAGAUUGGAGCUUAGUUCAUUUGACCAAGUGCCUCUUCCCUUCUCGUUUCUGGAACCCUCCUGUCGAUCCUCGUGGAGAGAACCAAUCGAACGAAGAAUCGGCACUUGUCGAUGCCAGCAAGCGUCCAUUUUCUAAACCUGUCGGCACGGCAUAUCAUAACAUAUCUAAGAAGAGCUAUCGGAAGAAAAUAGCGGACGACGACGAUAAAGAAUCUUCAUUGUCGCCGUCGCUGUCAGGUCCCUUGAGCCACGUGGAGGCAGAACGGCAGCGAAGGGAUAAAAUGAACCAGCGGUUCUAUGCGCUCCGUUCCGUCGUCCCCAACGUGUCAAGGAUGGACAAGGCGUCUCUCCUUGCUGAUGCCGUCGACUACAUCAAGGAACUCCGGUCCCGGAUCGACGCGUUGGAGUCCAAGCUCGUCAAGUACGAGCGCUCGUCUCCGAAGCGCCUCAAGAGUGAUAGGGCUGUCGCUGACGUGAGUGAGACAACGUCGCUUCUGAGCAACAACAGCUCGACAAUGGCCUCAACGACUUUGGCUGUCCCAAGGCUGAGUGAGAUGGCGGUGGAGGUGAAGGUGUUGGGGUCGGAGGCGGUGAUCCUAGUGCGGAGCCCCAAUGUGGGGCAUCCGUGCGCGAGGUUGAUGGACGUGCUCGAGGAAUUGGGGUUGGCGGUCCGACACGCGAGCAUGUCGUGUGUGAAGGGGAUGAUGCUUCAGGAUGUGGUGAUUAGGACUCCGGUUGAGUGCUUGGUCAGCGACCAUUCCAUGAGAGAUGCCAUUCGGAAUAAGCUAUGCAAGUUGUAA